AUUCUGAAUAAAUUGAGCAGUUAUUCUCAACCUUUUUAAGUUUCUCUAAAAGUGUGAAUGGAUUCACAUUGAACUUGGCUUCUAGAGGCAUCUAUAGCUCGUCAUGUGACCGUGGCUCCUCCCUCCUCUUUCUCUUGUCUCUGAUUGGACAGUUGAAUCAGUUGUAUGCCAUGUUUUGAUUAUUGCUCUUCAUCAGCUGCUCACAUGACGGCUUUCACACCAGCACAAGUGUAGCUGUACUCCUGAUGCUGGGCUGGAUUCCAUAUGGUCUGGCUCCAACAGAGGUGAUCCCAGAGGUGAAGGCAGAGCCUGGCGGAAACUUCACUCUUCCGUGUCACAUUCCUAUAGAUGCUUCCGUCGCACUGUUGGAGUGGAGCAGAACUGAUCUGGAGGAUCCCCUCUUGUAUUUCAGAGAUAACAGGCUGUAUGAACAGUACCAGGAUCCCCGUUAUCGUGGUCGUGUUGAGCUGAAGGAUCCAGAGAUGAAGAACGGAAACAUCUCUGUUCUCCUGAAGAGCCUCAACACCGACGACACGGGGACGUACCAGUGUCUGGUUGUACCCUCCAACAAUAAUCGCAGGAAGAGAGUCGCGGUAGAGUUGGUGAGCUCCAUCCGUCUGAAGGUUCUGAGGAACAACCAGGGGGUCCCAGAGGUGUGUCGUGCCUUUACAGCAGAGAUGACCAGAAGAGGCUAUGAUUCAUGGCACUAAUACGAAGCCCAUCAGAACAUCCACCAGUCUCAAGUAGGAUCAAAGUGGAGGACCUGUACUUCCAGCGGCUCAUGAAGAAAGCCACUGUAUUAUCAAAGACCCCCAUCAUCCCCCAUCAGCUGGCAGGUGGUACUGCAGCAUCAGGACCAAAACCACCGGAAUCAGCACAGUUGAACUCCUGAGCGACUCCGUCUCUUUGUUGUUGUGUUUCUGUUGUCGUGUCCUGUAACUGCACUGUGUUGAAUAAACCUGUGACUCCUGAUGGGUUCCCUACGGCAGCA